UUUUGUUUGAGAUUUCAAGAAUAUUGAACACUGGUUUGGAUAUGGAGACGUUGUCUAUUUGUGUGAGGCUUUGUGAACAGGGGAUAAAUCCAGAAGCAUUAUCAUCUGUUAUUAAAGAACUACGUAAGGCUACAGAAGCACUAAAGGCUGCUGAAAAUAUGGCAGGCUGA